AGGGUGUGUGCGGGGGGAGUCGUGACUUGCAGACCGGUGCUGUGGUCUCUUUAAACGCAGGGCGGAGAGCAGAUUUCCGAUUGUCCAUGAAGCGGAUUACAGCCUCAGCGCUGCUGCUACAUCAUCUCAGCUGAUCGGAGGAUUCCCUCUGCAGGGAAACAAACAAGCCCUGCCUGUAUGCUCAGCUCACAGCGGCACCAUGGAUUUCAACGUGAAAAAACUGGCUUCUGAUGCUGGGGUCUUCUUCACCCGGGCGGUGCAGUUCACAGAGGAGAAGCUGGGCCAGGCUGAGAAGACAGAGCUGGAUGCCCACUUGGAGAACCUGAUCACUCGGGCUGACGGAACCAAGAACUGGACUGAAAAGAUCUUAAGACAAACAGAGGUGCUCCUGCAGCCCAACCCAAUUGACCACACCGGUGCGCGGAUAGAGGAGUUCAUCUAUGACAAGCUGGAUAAGAAGCUUCCCUCCAGGGGGACCAACGCAGAGCUGCUGGGCCAGUACAUGCUGGAAGCUGCCAAUGAGUUUGGUCCGGGGACGCCGUACGGGAGUACCCUGAUCACAGUGGGAGAGUAUCAGAAGAGGCUGGGAUCAGCUGAGCGUGAGCUCCUCCACACCUCAGCCACCACUUUCCUCACUCCUCUGCGUAACUUUUUGGAAGGAGACUGGAGGACUAUAUCAAAAGAGAGGCGACUGCUGGAAAACCGGCGGCUGGAUCUUGACAUCUGCAAAGCUCGCCUGAAGAAAGCCAAGCAGGCAGAGGCCAAAGCAGCGGCUGCACCUGAUUUUCAGGAGACAAGGCCUCGAAAUUAUGUUCUUUCUGCCAGUGCAUCAGCGCUGCUGAGUGAGGAAGCGGACAAAGCAGAGCACGAGCUUCGCGUCGCGCAGACAGAGUUUGACCGACAAGCUGAGGUCACCAGACUGCUGCUGGAAGGCAUCAGCAGCACACAUCUCAACCACCUCCGCUGUUUGCAUGAUUUUGCGGAGGCUCAGGCCACAUACUACGCCCAGUGUCACCACUACAUGCAGGACCUUCAGAGGGAGCUCAACAGGUGUGCUAAUGCUGUCAGUGCCCCCCUCUCCUCCGCUGCUGUCUGCCCCGACCCCAUCUCCUCUGCUUUCCUGUCUGGACCUCCAUCUCCUGGAGCCACAGUUUCCUCGUCCGGCCAGAGGCCCAGCACCCUGACUAUGGAGCAGUCUCAGCUCCCUGUCACAGGCACUAGAAAGGCCAAGGUCCUGUAUGACUAUGACGCCCACGAUGCCAGCGAGCUCUCCCUGUUGGCCGAUGAGCUCAUUACCGUAUACACCGUACCAGGAAUGGACCCUGAUUGGUUGGUCGGAGAACGGGGGAAUGAAAAAGGCAAAGUCCCUGUCACCUAUCUUGAACUGCUGAGCUAAUGGACCAAUCGACAGGACACACACACACACACACACACACACACACACACACACACACACACACUUGCAAAAACCUCCAUCUACUGUCACAUGUGUGCAUUUAGUACACCUAGUGUGUUUGAUCUGUGACUAUCUUAAAUACUUAUGCAAACCUGUUGGGAAAGUUUCUAUAAAUACAGAUGAUUUGUGGGAGGAAUUUGCCGCAAACCCUUGUGUUAAACAACAGUUUCAUUUAAUUACUGUCCACAGUGAAAGCUAUACUCAUUUUGUUACCAGUGCAGUUUGUGUGUUUUUGCAUGAAAACUGAUUUCUUGUCGAUCUUACUGUUGUUUUUAGCACAAAGUGUUCCCGGGGCAUUCAAAGAACAAGACCUUGUGUAAUCCAUUAAAGGAUAAUUCCAAUGUAUUA